UUUACUCUCUGUAGGCAGAUUCAGUCACUGGAUUUAUUUUACAACAACCAACCUCCAGUGGAUUAAAACACACCACAGUUUUGGACCUGACGAGGACCGUAGACUGUUUUCUUCCAGUUUACGACCUGACAUUUAAAUAUGGAGCCGUUUGAAAGUGAGCGAGCACCACUCCCUCGGAACAUGAUAGAAAACAGCAUGUUUGAGGAAGAACCUGAUGUCGUAGAUCUAGCAAAGGAGUCGCCCUCCUACCCCAUAGAUUCGGACGACAUCGUGUAUGAGCCGCGCAGCUCCAGGCUGCUGGUACGUGGCCUCGGUGAGAACGAGCUGGACGAAGACGAGGAGGACUGCGAGUCCUCGGCCAGGCUUCUCGGCAUGUCCUUCAUGAACCGCAGUUCUAAUCAGCGCAGUGCCGCCUCCUACAUCCGCCAACAACCAUCCGGUUCAUGCCCAACGCCUUCUGUGAAGACCACGGUUGUGGGAGUCUUUGUUCUGGUCCUGGUCGCCUCACUCGUAAUGGUCAUCUACUUUCUGCCCAAGUGUACCUUCUCCAAAGGUGGCUGCCAGAAGACCAACACCUCACUGGAAGUAAUCUAUCCCAUUGCAACAAAUGGAGAGCUUUUUCCAUGGACGGACUUAAGGCUUCCAGCCAGCGUGCAUCCCAUUCACUAUGUGAUCGCACUCCACCCCAACCUGACCACCAUGACUUUCAAAGGAAGCGUGAAUAUCACUUUGCAGGUCCAGCAAGUAACCAAGAGGGUCGUCCUGCACAGCGCAGACAUGAAUAUACACAAAGCUACUUUUCAAGGGAAAGAAAUGAAGGUGUUGGAAUACAAAGACUGGCAGCAGAUUGCCAUCAAGUUUUCGGAGAACCUUACAAAGGGACAGGAAUAUGUACUGAAUAUUGAAUAUUCAGCAAACUUCUCCAGCAGCUAUGAUGGAUUCUAUAACAGUUCCUACAAUGACGCAACAGGAAAAACAAGAGUUUUAGCUGCCACUCAGUUUGAACCCUUGGCCGCUCGCAAAGCUUUUCCAUGUUUCGACGAACCUGCUUUUAAAUCCACUUUUCUGAUCAAGAUAAAAAGGGAAGCUGAAUACAUCAGCCUUUCAAACAUGCCUUUGGCCAAAACUACUCCGUUAUCUGAUGGACUUUUUGAGGAUGAGUUUGAGAAGAGUGUCAACAUGAGCACCUAUUUAGUUGCAUUCAUUGUGGCCAACUUCAGCUGUGUCAACAAGACGGUCUCCAACACUAAAGUCUCUGUAUAUUCAGUACCAGAUAAGAAGGACCAAGCUCACUAUGCACUUGAAGCAGCUGCCAAGUUACUGCAGUUCUACAAUGAUUUCUUUGAGAUCGAGUACCCACUGCGCAAACUGGACUUGGUGGGCAUUCCGGAUUUCCUUGCCGGAGCAAUGGAGAACUGGGGACUCAUCAUAUUCCGGGAGACAACCCUGCUCUUCGGAAAUCACUCCUCUCCUAUGGAUAAACAACUAGUGACUUCUGUCAUCGCCCAUGAACUUGCACAUCAGUGGUUUGGAAACCUUGUGACCAUGCGCUGGUGGAAUGAUCUUUGGCUGAAUGAAGGAUUUGCCACCUACAUGCAGUACAUGUCCAUUGAAAAAGUCUUCCCUGAACUUGAUAUUGACAUUGAAUUCCUGAGUGUACGGUUUGAUGCUCUAGCCAAGGACUCACUGAAUUCCUCCCAUCCUGUGUCUACUAAUGUAAAAGCUCCAGAGGAAGUGGAGGAGAUGUUCGACUCUGUGUCAUAUGAGAAGGGUGCAUCUCUUUUGCUGAUGCUUAAUGCAACAUUAACAGAGGAGGCAUUCAAGAAAGGAGUGAUCGAGUACUUAAAAAAGUAUCAGAGCAGCAACACAGAGAGUCAAGACUUGUGGAACAGCCUUUCACAGGUGACAAUACCACCCAUAGAUGUGGCGCAUAUGAUGAACACAUGGACUGUACAGAAAGGCUUUCCACUGGUCACUGUGAGCAGAGAGGGUGACCAAGUAAAAGUGACUCAAGAACAUUUUCUUGUAAACGCCACAGAUCACAGUUUAUGGCACAUCCCACUGACGUACGUGAACGACUCUUGUAGCAAAUCUGUCACCUGUAAGCAAGUGUUUUCUUUCCAGAACAAAACAGCCACACUUCACGUUCCAGGAAGUGUGAAAUGGCUGAAGUUUAAUUAUAGAAGUGAAGGCUUCUACAUAGUGGAUUAUGGAACAGAGGGGUGGAAGACACUGAUCGAGGCCUUGAAGGAAGACGUGAAUGUUCUUCCCCAAGAGGACCGGGCUUCUCUCAUCAACAACGUCUUUGCUUUGUCCAGAUUAGGAAAGGUAUCCUUCAGACAAGUGCUAAAUGUUUUGGCAUAUUUGAAGAAUGAGACAGAACCGGCACCACUGACUGAAGCCCUAACACAGCUCAGCUACAUCUAUAAACUGCUUGAAAAAAGAUCUGACUUAAUGUUGGUUUCAAGGAUGAAGACAUACAUUUUUAAUCUUUUCGGAGAUCUAAUGGACAGCCAGUCAUGGGGAGAGGAGAAGUCUGUGUCCAAGCAGGUUCUUAGGUCUGCUCUGCUUGAGACUGCCUGUGCACUCAACAGGCCAAACUGCACAGAGAAAGCUAAGGAUCUAUUUCAGCAGUGGCUAGAUCCAAAUGCAACUAAGAAAAUUCCUGGAGAUCUGAUGAAAGCGGUUUAUUCUGUAGGAGCUCAAACUGAGGAUGGCUGGACCACAUUACUCGAGUCCUACAAACACUCCGUCUAUGACUCAGAGAAGCGUAAAAUACUAGAAGCCUUGAGCAGCACCCAGGAUGUGCGAAAAGCUGUGUGGAUCCUAAGAGCAGGUCUUGAUGGAACUAUUCAGACUCCUGAACUUCCGCUUGUGAUUAGCAGAGUGAGUGAACAUUUUGCAGGCCACCUCUACGCCUGGGACUUUGUGAAGGAGAACUGGGAUGAACUUACACAGAAGUUUCCCAUUGGCAGUUUUCCCCUACAAAGGAUAAUCAUGUCCACAACCGGUCAGUUCUCCACAAAGAUGCAUCUCGAGGAGGUGGAGAGCUUUUUCAGCUCUCUGAAGGAACGGGGAUCCCAGAUGAGAAGCGCACAGGAGGCUGUAGAGUCCAUCAAUCUGAACAUACGCUGGAUGGAGAAGAACCUGAACACACUCCGAAACUGGCUGUAGGUUAAAGGGGCUCGCUUCCGUUCCACGCACCCCUCCUCAGGUCAUAAAGCCGAGCACCUGUGAGUGACGUUACUGCGAUUCGCAGUCAGAACUGAAUGUGUGCAGAGAUUAGACAGGGACUGAAGGAAUCGGGUAGUUUAUUAUUUUUUUUUAAUAAGUAAUAUUUUAAUACUGUUUGUGUGAAGUUUAAUCUGCAUAUUUUAGGUCUAAUCUAACCAAGCCAUCAAGUUGAAGCUUCUUAGUUUGGUCUGUAGAGGUCUCAGCACUGUGCUGUUUAUGGGCUUCCUUUUAGGUGCAUAAAGACGUAGAUGCCUUCAUGUGGGUCUUGCUGCUUAGGGUCAUGUGAGAAACUGACUCUUAAGUCUGUCUGUCUCUGCACACAUGGCUGUGGCCUGACACAUUUGCACUAUUAGGAAUUCCAGUUUGCUCAGGGCUACUCUGAAUUAAACAAUAAUACAUUUAAAUUAUUUUACUUCCCAUCGCUGUCUGUUACAGACGAUCCUCUCAGCACUAUCUUUAACAUGCCUUUUGCAGAAAUUGCCAAAAAAUGGUCACUUAAAUAUGGGGAAUACACAUUUUUAAAGCCGUCAAUGGUCAUAGUGUAACACUGUAACUUUUUUGUGUAAAUAGAAUGUGCUACGCACUGGUUGCUGGUGGUGGUUUAUUCGCUUAUCAGUCUGGAUAUCUGCAGACAAUCAGUUUUGUAAAGUAUUUGCAAGUUUAGCUGUUUGAGUUUAGGGCUGUCAUGAUUAUUAUUUUUAACUCAUGGUUGUUUCAUCAGAAUGACCACAGUAUCUUUAUUUUACAGUUUUUCAAGCAGAACUACUUUAGUAGUUUUAAAACCUUACAAACCAUUAAAUUUAGCCCUUUGUUUAGUAUUUUCUCUAAAGUUAGGAAUUUUAUGGGUGCUCGAGUGGUGCAGCGUUAAAGCAAACUAGCCCACCAGUGCUGACAACUGCUGAAUCUCAGCUUUGCUAACAGCCAGUCGGGCGUCUGUACGAACAAUGAUUGGCUAGUCUGAGAUGGGGGAUAAUGGGAUCACUGCCUUACUCUCCUUGUGCGAUAUGGAUCCCCAUAUAAGAAGCACUCGGCUGCUGCAUGUAUCGGGGGGGGGGAGCUCAGCAGCCGCAGAGGGGACAUACAAAUCGCAUAAUUGGAUACAACUAGAUUGGGAGGGAAAUUGGCCUAGUACACACUAACAUGGAUUCAUUUAAUAACAUAAUUUGUGAUUUGGCCACACUAAACAGAAUUCCUAAUUUUUAAAGGUUUCCUAAUUUCUGCUUCCAUGUAUUACACAGGAUACAACAACAGCACAGGAUCAGCGUGUGCAGUGUUAGACUAUUGUUUGGAAUUUUAGGCCAGCCUGCUUGAGCUGUUGUACUCUAUGUAUGUCAUCAUGAUGUCCAUGUUGUCCAUUAGGAAUAUGUUCCAAGUGCAGUGUAUAAGUUUGGUCUGUGAGGAUCUUGGCGCCAUGUAAUAAUAGAAAUUAUUUGGAAUUCACCCUACCAGCUAGGUUUGUUAGAUAUAACAAUAUAGACAUAACAGGUUAUGUAUAUGUCCUUAAUUUAUUUAAUCUAUUUAACAGUUUACAAUUAGGAAAAUACCAAGAUGUACAAAAACACUGUUUCCUGUCGUCCAUACUAAAACGAAAAAGCAAAUCUAUUAAAACAAAUGUGUUACGUAUUCACACGUGUUCAACCCCUUGUGCUGUGACAAACUAGUUAUGAAAUGAUAUUUGCUAAAUGAUUGAAUGCUCUACAUACUACACAUAGUUCAUGUCACCAUGGGAGCCAUUAAAAAAAGUAAACAAACAAACAACUUUUGAUGGGGGUUUGUCUCUAAUCUGAUCUUCAGAUUUCCUGAAGACUGUAUUGCUAAAAUACACACUCAGUCUGACUUGUUCAAUCAGAGUCAAGCUACAUUUGUAUUUUGUUUUAAAUUUGAUCAAUUUAAACAUUUAAAGACUGCAUCUGGGUGCAAAAUUCUUGUCUAAAACAGUCAGUAUUACUAUAUUCUGUUGCUCCCUAUACUGUAGUUUAUUAAUGGUAGAACUUGAUGAAAAAUUAUUAUUAAAUGACAAGUAGAGUAUGAUUAAAUCAAAAGUUAGAAAAAUAAUACAGAAAAAAUCAUAAUUGAUGGUUUUAUGAUGAUUCUGGUUACAACAGCCCUGUUCAUUUUUUCAAAUACAUGUGAAUACCGAUUUGCAGAGCCUGUUACUCGUCUUGUGUAAAUACUCUUGGUUUAGCAGUUUCGUAACAAGCCUCAUUCUUUUCAUCAUUGGCCUUAAUUAUAUAGUGUUUUGUUCAUUUUUUUUACUUGCAGACUUGCACUUACUAAAUCAGAAGCUUUUUUGUCAGGUUGAAGUUUAAGAUUAGGAUGUGGAUUUUAUGUAUAUUUACGUUUUGCUAUGCUCAUUAGGAUUAAAGCUGAAAGUAUCUAAUUAAUGUAUUAAUUUUGAUUACUUUAGGAUCAAAUACAGUGUCUGUGAUGUUCCACUCCUUUUUUUUAACCACUCCUGGGGCUCAUAUGCCCACAAUCCCCAGAAUACCCAGAAGAGUUUAUUUAGAUUUUCUAGGUUGUGCUUUUUAAAUGUAGUUGAAUCCUCAUGUUGGUUUGUUUGUUGGUGUCAGUCAAGCUGCAUUGAUUAAUUCCCAACGUACCGUUCUUAAGUAGCAAGCUAAACAAGUUCGUUAUUAGGCUACUUUGACUGAGUGAAUGUACAAAUCAGUGAAUCAGUUGUUAAAACAUCAAUGCUCGCAGUGUUGAAUGUAGCUCACAUUUAUGUAGGGUAUACAAAAACUAUUAGCUUUCCCUUGUUAAGGAUCAUCUUGCAUAAACAGUCUGAAUGUGCUUCAGAUCUUUAAAAAAGACUAUGACAGUGAAAAAAAGCUUUGAAGAAAUCUGCACAGCAAGUUGAAGUAGUUAUUUUUUUAUGUUUAAACAUGUGACGAAAGUAUUGCCAUGCAGACAAAUAUUAAGAUGUUUAAGGAAUGAAGUUAAAAUGAAUAUGUUCUUUACAGAAAACAAACUUUUGCACAUUAAAAUCCACAAUUAUGAAUAAUUUGAUAAUUUAAGAGUGUAUGUGGGGGGUCAGUGAGUUCUCAAGCAUUGUAUUAUUUAGACAGCAGCAGUGGCCAAUUUUUUAAAUGUAUAGUAAUAACAGGCUUACAGUACAAAAGCUCAAACAGUGCGUUCUGUGCGUUACCGGUGUCACUUUAUAAAAAUAAUGUCAAAACCUAAACACAGUUAAUGUGAUGGGACAGGUGUUAUGGAACGCAUUUCUACCUGUGCAGCAUCGUAAUGGUACUAUUAGGACUUAGUGUUCACCUUGCUUUUUGUACUUGUACUUUAUGAAGAAAUGUUAACAUGUUUUGCAGAAAGGGAAUUCUGUGUGUAAAUGAAGCUGAUUCCUUAGGUAUGUUUUAACAUACUAAUAUUUACAAAUGCAUCAAUGCUAUUUUCUGGUAACCACAAUAUAAGUUUUGUAGUGUAGAUUUUUUUACUGUUUGAAUACUAACAUUUUAAAGAAAAUACCACAGCAUGCAUAAAGGCAUUCUGCCCAGGAGAAAUGGUUAAAAAAACAGCUUUUCUUUUCAAUAUUUCCUGCUGUGUUAAAUUGUUAUUAGAUCAGAUGUGCUGAUCUGAUCCAUGAGUGAUUUUAUUUAGUGUGAAUUUGUGGGAUUGUUAUUGACAUGACACAGAUUAUUAACAUUACCAAAAGCAAACUAUCCCCAAGGUGCUGCUAUUACAACUCACAUUUUGUAUCCUGAUAUAUUGCAAAUAAAACUGUUUUAUUGUAGAUUUAGACAUAAGGCACAUACAUUAUUAAGAUAUAUAUUAUUCUCUUUAUUGAAGGUUCUAAUUCUAACAAAAAACAAUUUGUACUUUAAGAGUUCUGCAUUCCUGAAUUGUUUUCUUCUAUUUAAGUACAGUUAAGAUAAAGUUUUUGCUGUAAAUCAUGUUUACUUGCUGUAACAUUAAGCAAGAUCUUUCCAGCUAUACUAUAUAAGGUUAUACAACAAUGUAUGUCACAAUGUAUACAACCUUAUGUAAAGCCCAUAUUAGGUGAAUAUUAGGAAGCUACUUGGGAUUUAGUCUAAUAGGUUAAAAUCAUUCAUGGAUUAAGAUUAAAGUUAAAAGAAACUGUUUAAACUUUCUGUGUACAGUACAUCCACUGAAAUGUAAUCAUUUAAAGCCCUACAUUGAGUUUUGCAUUAAAUUUAGUCUUAUUAAUCCUGUGACAUGUCAAUUUGCCAGUCCAUUGAUACUAAACGAUCAGCAUUGUGAAACAUCCUUGAUACAAGUUGGUGUACUACACUUGCAUUAUAGCAGCUGAAAACAGUCAGACCCUUACCAUCAUGCAUCUGCUUGAUUGCAACAGUUUCAACAGUUUUUAUUUAUUAAAGGAUGCAUUAUUAUCAUUAUUCCGAGGGUUUUUUAAAAUGUUUCCGCAUCUUUUUAAUUCUAUUUAUUAAGAAUUUCAAAAACAAAUUUUAUAACUAUUUUACUUAGUCGCCUUGCAAUGCAUUUUUCCCAGCAUCGUACCUUUUAAUGCCAUCAGCAAAAAAGUAUAGCGCAUAGCCACUGAUGCAACGCUGCUUUCACAUCAUCAUCACAUGAAAAUCUUCUUCCCCUUAAAGCUUCUUUGAGUCCAAAAAAGACUAUAAGCUUUCUCAGCCUUACAGACACGACCAAUUACUACUCCUCCCGCCCUCACCGUUUCCAACCAAAAUGUAAGUGCAGAAACGUUUUGAAGAUCCCUUGUAUGUAACUUACUUUGCAGCUAAUUGUCAGGGAUGUGCUGAUAUAGAAAAUUAACAACCUUUCACAGUAAAAAUUACGUUAAGAGAACUGCGGUAUCAUUCAGUGUGUAUACCAGAAAGUAGUAUUGAUCAAGAUAAUGGGAACUUUAAAUAAAAAGGUACAUGUCCUACUGCAUCUGUGACUUUUACAUGAAUUGACACCUCUCAGUUUGUAAGAUCUUUCUUAAUUAUUGUGUUUAUGUUUAAUAUAAAUUUAAGGUUUGCUUGAUUCUGGAUGAAGGACUAAUAUUCAGUAAAAAUUUGUUUCACUCAUAAACUCUUCAGCUCUGUCAGAUGUCCAACGACAGCAGCUAAAUGAUUGAUUGUGUGUUCCUUAAUCAUUCUAAACCUUUCUACUUGCUGUUUCAGAUUAAUAUAUUGGUUACUGUUACCACGUGCAUUUUGUGUUUAAUGUAAUUUGCCUUUAAAAUAGUUUAAUAAACACAUGACUUCUUCACCUUA